AUUAACCCCUUGCUUUAGUACAGACCCACAAUUCUCUACAUCAAUUUGCCACCCAAUUGCAGAGAAAACACAACACAGCCGAGGAAUAUGAUUGCAGGAGAUUUCACGGUGACGGUGGGCAAGAAGGACGUUGUGGCGGCGGUGUUGCCAUUGCAAGAGCAUUGGUUGCCGCUCUCCAACCUCGACCUGCUUCUGCCACCGCUCGACGUGGGUGUUUUCUUCUGUUACAAGAAGCCAGUUUCAGGGGAUACCCUCUGUUUUGGUUCGAUGGUUGGUAUUCUCAAGAAGGCCAUGGCCCAAGCUCUGGUCUCCUUCUAUGCUUUUGCUGGUGAGGUUGUACCCAACUCCAUCGGUGAACCUGAGCUUCUCUGUAACUACAGAGGGGUGGAUUUCUUCGAGGCCUAUGCAGAUGUUGAACUUCAAAACCUCAACCUCUAUAAUCCUGAUGAGAGCAUUGAAGGCAAGUUAAUACCAAAAAAAAAGCACGGCGUGCUUGCAGUUCAGGUAAAAAAUAAUCAUCUUCUACACCAUAUAUUUCAUCAAUAUUUCGAUAGUAUUGUAAUUCCAGAAAAAAGCACAAAGAUGGAGAGUUUCUGGUUUGGAAAAAUAGAAGCAACGGAGCUUAAAUGCGGCGGAAUAGUGGUGGCGUGCACUUUUGAUCACCGUAUUGCUGAUGCUUAUUCCGCCAACAUGUUUCUUGUUUCAUGGGCAGAAAUCGCUCAGUCCAAGCCGAUUUCUCUGCUGCCAUCCUUUCGGCGAUCUAUGCUGAACCCCAGGCAUCCAGGGUGCAUAGAUGUCUCCCUGGACGAUUUGUACGUGCCUAUUUCUACAUUGCCACCGCCAAAGGAAAACAAUCAACCAUCUGAUGAUCAUCUUAUCAGUCGCAUAUAUUAUGUCACUGCGGCCCAACUCGACGAGCUUCAAUCUCUUGCGAGCCGUGGUGGUUCCAAAAGGACCAAGCUUGAGUCUUUCAGUGCUUUCUUAUGGAAAAUGGUGGCGAUUUCCGCCGCAGGAGAUAGCUCCAAGAUGUCUAAGAUGGGGAUAGUGGUGGAUGGAAGGACUAGAUUAAGUGAAGGAUGUACGGAUAAAAAAUCACAAAUGGGUACAUAUUUUGGAAACGUUCUGUCAAUUCCCUUCGGCAGCGAGAAAGUGAAGGAACUGAUUGAAAAGCCUCUGUCUUGGGUGGCAGAGGAGGUCCAUGAUUUCAUAAAAAAUGCAGUAACAAAGGAGCAUUUCUUAGGCUUGAUUGAUUGGGUUGAGGCACAUCGGCCCGAGCCGGCCAUGACAAAGAUUUAUGCAAGUGGGAGCAACGAGGGACCAGCAUUCGUCGUUUCCUCCGGACAACGUUUCCCUGUUUCGAAGGUGAAUUUCGGGUGGGGCCCGCCAACGUUCGGGUCAUAUCACUUCCCAUGGGGAGGGCGUACUGGAUACGUUAUGCCGAUGCCAAGUCCGAUGAAGAAUGGCGACUGGGUGGUGUAUGUGCACCUCCCGGUGAGACAGGUGGAGUUCAUUGAGACUGAGGCCGCCGAUUUGUUUAAGCCCCUAACUUCUGAUUAUCUUGAUUUGGUGCAAACACCUUUAUAAUUUACGGUUAGAAAUUCUCAGGCGAACUUUAUAAAUAUCUUUAAAAUAUGGCCCUUGUAUUGUUGUACUUUGUUCGUAUUGCUGUACUUUGUAUACAACAAUCACAGUUGUUGUUCAAUAUAUUAUUGGUGUUAUU